UUUAAUGGGGUAUCAUUCAUCAAAAUGUGACUGUUUCGUUUUUCAUGCCUCAAUCAUUUACUUACAUGUUGAAAAGGACAGAAUAUAUAUUCAGCGGAAACAAUAUUUGAUUAAGUAUUGUAAGAAACAAGAAAAUAUAAAGCGGAUGUCUGCAGUGAAAAUACGUGAACUUCACUGGUUCCUGGACCAACCUCGCAUUAUAUAUUGUCCCAUUGCAAAAUCUGGCUCAACAUUCUGGCGACGAGCUAAAGAGCCUCGACCGGUUGCGUACACAUGCGACGCAUGCGCAGUAGACUAUGACAUCAUUUGCAAGAUGGAAACGUUCGAAGAUGACACACGGUAUAUUUUGAAAAGGUAGGGUCCUAUAACAGUGAUAUAAUAUUCAGAGAUAUGAACACUGAGUAUAAGGUGGAUUACAUAGUUGAUGCUGUGGUGAGGGCGUAUGACCUUAGGGAGGGAUGGACGCGGUGCCUAAGUCUUCAUGCAGGAAACCAGAGAUUAUGGCGUCAGUUGCAAAUAGGAGGGAUGAUAGAGAAAAUACAGUCGUACCCGCUUUCACCCGAGCAGAGUAACAACAUCACCGUGACUGAAUAUCUCAACAUGGCACUGGAGGCC